CACGAUUUAUCGUUUCUAGCUUAACUACCACGGUGAGAUGGCCGUGGAGUCUGUGCUGGUUCCUGUGAAGUCGAAACGGGCUCUGUGGACAGACAGAAGGAGGCGAGAAAACCCGCCGCUGUCCCCUUCGACCUCCAUUUUUAAAAAACAAUAACGGUCUGAUCCUGGUUUUGCCCUGCAGACGUGAAGCCUGACUCCUCAGAACCCAGAGCAGUGCUUAACAUCUCCUCACUGUUCCUGAAUACUGAAGCCUGGGUAAAACCUGUCAGUGUAAUUUGUUACUGAUGUUCAAACGUGUUGGGAACUUACAACAACUCUAAGGCUGUGUCAUUAACAUGUUUACUUAUGUUUACUCAAAGCCCUGGACAGGUUUGUGUUGUAGCUGUGUGGCUGGGCAGCCUGGCUGCCUCCCUGCCUCCAGAUGAAUGAAGAACACUCCGGGACACAGAGACACAGCUGAUACAGGGCAUGCAGGUGUUUCUGCAAAUAUGAUGAAGAAAAAGAAUCCCCAUAAGAAACACAAGAGCAGCCUGGGUCCGACCACCAAAGUUUUGUCGCAGCCUCGACGCAACAUUGUCGGCUGCAGGAUCCAGCAUGUGUGGAAGGAAGGAGGAGGCCAUGUGAUCUGGAAAGGAACAGUGCUCGACCAGGUUCCAGUGAAUCCGGCUCUCUAUCUGAUAAAGUAUGAUGGCUUUGACUGUGUUUAUGGUCUGGAGCUUCAUAAAGACGAGAGAGUUCAGGGGCUGGAGGUGCUCCCUGACAGACUGGCUAAAUCCCGUCUGACAGACGUCAGUCUGGCAGAUGCCAUGAUAGGUAAAGCAGUGGAACACAUGUUUGAGACAGAGGAGGGUCCAAAGGAGGAGUGGAGGGGGAUGGUGCUGGCCCGGGCUCCCAUUAUGACCACCUGGUUCUACAUCACCUAUGAGAAAGACCCCGUCCUCUACAUGUACCAGCUGCUGGACGACUAUAAAGAAGGAGACCUCCGCAUCAUGCCUGACUCUAACGACAGUGUCCCAACGGAGAGGGAACCUGGUGAGGUGGUGGACAGCCUGGUGGGUAAACAGGUCGAGUACGCUAAAGAUGACGGUGGCAAACGAACAGGCAUGGUCAUCCAUCAGGUGGAGGCCAAACCCUCUGUCUACUUCAUCAAGUUUGACGACGACUUCCUCAUUUACGUCUAUGACCUGGUCAAAACUUCAUAAAACUUAGUGGACGUCCUGAAUCCAUCCCCCAAGACAGAAACAAAAUGCAACACAUGUUGAAAUAUCUGAAGCAUUUAAUCCAGCACUUGUCCCUCAGAGCAUCAAACACAAAACAGAAACCUGAAAAACGAAUUCUUGCUGUGGAAGAACACAGGAUAGAUACUUUUUGAGGAUGGGCUUGGUGAAGUUGAAGCCUCUCAUCUAUGACCUUCUUAGACUCUUAAAAUAGAAAGAAUAAAUUGGCAGUGAUUUUACGGAACAAGGUCCUAAACAUUUUAAGGCCCCUUACCUUUCUGAAAAAAGGAAAGCUGUCUAAAAAUUCUGCUUUGAAGCGAGAUGGAGGUUUUUUACAAUAUCACAUUCUAAAAAAAAAAAAAUCUAAAUGCUUUCAUGAUUUCCCAAGGCCAUGUUACACCUAAAGAAACUAAACCUUCAGAUGAAUUUUUAGUGUCUGAUUUCAGCCAGUGUGCUGGUUGCUGGUUGUUUGAUCAUGGCCAGCUCCUCUGUGCUAAAAAACAAAGAAACAAGAUGAGGAUGGUCACUGGAGUUGGCGGCAGCAUGGUAACAUGACCAAAUUAAAAGACUUCAAAGAAUUCUUGUUAUGUUUCCUACAUCAGCUAACUGGCCACAGAAAAAUGGGCAGACUCCUAGUGAAGAAAUGAAGUCUGGAGCUGGUCGUUGAAUGGUGCUUCAAAAAGAAAGACUGGAAGAAUGUGAAUUCUUGGACCAGAAAAACAAACUGUUGCUAUCACUAUGGAGAAUGAGGAACAAACAAUACAGCUCAGUGUUGUGGAUAACUUUUGUAAUCCCUCUCAUCUGUCACAUCCAGUAAGGAUUGGCAUCACAACCGUAUGGAAGCCCAUUUCUGCCAGGAAAAAACUGAUGGAUAGUGAUAAAAACAAAAAACUCAAGGUAAGUCAAAAUUUUGAGACUUAAUAGACUUAGUAAAUUUUUUGUCAUGAUUCUAACUUCAAAAAAAUGUAAUUUUGACAUAGGUAAAUCACACAAUUUUGACUUAAUUUUUCACAAAUGUGACUAAGCAAACCAAUUUUUUUUUUACUGGUCAUAAUGCUGAAUUUUUUUUUAUCCCAAUUUUGCAUUACUAUGCUAAACUUUCAUAAUUUGUAUUUCAAAAAAAUAUUUUCACUCAUAAUCUCAUAAUUUUGACUUUGUAACUCUUGGCAAUGUUGGCUCCUUUAGUCUAAAUCUUUACUUAAAUCAUUACCUUUAAAAACCAUCUUUUUUGCUCUUGGCGGAAAUGGGCUUCCUAUACAACUGUGAUAGACUAAGAUGAAAGGACAGGAAGCAAAAGGAACUGGUCCCAGUUUCACCUCAAAGUCGGAGACUGUUUAAAGCCUCUAAAUCUGUGAUUAAUAAUAAUUAUUAUGAGAAUUUAAAAAAAUACUUCAACCAAGCCAGAUGGUUUUGUCACGCACAAAGGGACAUAUUUGAAAGAGGAGCUAUUAAAAAUAUCCAAAUAUCUAUGGAAAUAUCUCAAAACUUAAUUUCCCCUUUUGUUCAGCUGGAGGUUGACUGAUGUGGGAUUCUUUUCCACCUGUUGUACAGAACAAGAUAGACUGCUUCAUCACAGUGUGCUACUUAUACAGGCUCCAUUUAACCAGCUUGAACUCAACAUUGAUGAAGAAGGUCAACAGAUCCUCAUCUAAAAGUAUCUGCAGUUAAAACAGAUUUUUUUUCUUUUUGCUUUUAUCAUUGCCAAAACCCCUUCCUGUUGUGGAGUUGUUUGAUGUUAAAGACGAUCGGACAGCUUUCUUGUGAUUUCACUAAAGCCUUUGGAAUUGCUCUUGUGUUGUCUUUUCUAAAUUGUCAUUUAAGGAGUAAAAGGACAGAUAGACAAAACUGAAACUUGGCCAAAGCCCUUUCUGUCUUUGGUAAUUUGUUUUAAUGUUAAAUAGUUUGUUACAGAUGGACAAACACCCGGUUCUGCAGUUUCAUGGGUUCCUCUCCCUCCGAUUGAACAUCGAACACAGUGAAACACAAAGGACUUAAGGUGCUGAAACAAUGGUUUAAAGCACCUUAAAAAUUUAGGGGGAUGAGAUGAGAAGAAUAUUCCCUGGACAGUUCAUGACUGUGUUGGACUUCUGAUGUCACCAGAGUUGACGAGGAAAACAAAUCUGCAGUUUUGAAUGCAUCUGUGAGACAGUUUAGACAUUCAGUGUUGGAAGCCUGUGAUUCCAGCUCACUACUACAUGUGCAGUUGAUAAAAUUAUUACUGAAAUAAAAGUAUCCCAGUUUGUAUUUACACACAAAGCAAACGAUUACGGACCCCUUGUGGUGUGGAUCUGAUGUUCUCCUGUGUGUCUGACAAAAACACAAGUUUCUGUCAAAUGCCCAUGAGGACGAGUCGGUCUGUUCCACAGCAUGUAUGCAGUAAGACAGGACACGGUUGUGUUUAGUAUAUGAAGAGAUUAACAAGAAGUGAAGUUUUAAAUUUCUUUUUUACAAAUGUACUUUUUGUUUUAUUUGGAUUUACUCAAGACUGAAGGUUUUUCAUAAACUUGUGUUCUGUACUGAAUUGCACUUGUAGUUUGAGGAUAAAUGGUUGAUUGAAAUUUGCAAUUUGAAUGUAGUGUAAGGAUAGAAUCAAACUCUUUUUACUUGCCAGUGACAUUUUUAGAGGAGAAAAGAAUCCUUAAAAGCCUUUACCGCAGUGAUAGAAUGAGAACUAAUUGAGUAGUUAAAAGGAUAUUUCUGGUGUCAUUCUAGUUUUUGAGGUUUAAUUUAAUAAGAAUUUAAUAAGAAUUUUAAAAGAAUUCAGUAAAGGGUUGUCGAGCAGUGCUUUGUGGGAGAAAUAUGUCUUUCACAGAACAGAGUUGUUUACAUAAAACCUUCAGUCUGUGUGCUUCCUGUGAUGUAGUUAGUUGCCAAGGCAGAUUACAGCUCUUAUUAUAACCGCACUAAAAAAAAAAAAAAAAAAAAAGACAGACUCUUCAAGAGAUCUGUAGAUUUCUGCACUUGUGUAUCUGUUUUGUUUUUCUUUAAAGAGAAGUAUGAUUGUGAUCAUCUCAGCAGGCACUAUUUGAAUUAACGAGAUAAAGUGUUGUUACAAAGACUUGAUUCACAGCGAGGUUAUGUCCAGUUCAGUCAGUUCAUUUCAUUCUAUUAUAUUGAAAACAGAUUAUUGUUGUUAAUGUUGGAAUGACAUUGGCCUUCUAUCAUCCUUCUGCCUUGUAUUGUUUGUUUUUGUAUGUUUUAAAAUGUAUGUUAAUAAUUUUUAUCGUUAAUGGAAAUCCUAA